CCUCUGCCCCCGUCAGCAGUGUGAAUAGACGGCGCCCCCCCCCCUCGGUGCCCCCCCUCCUCUGGGAGAAACACAGCAGCACAGCCGCCAUGUCGAGCAUCACCAUCGACCCCGAGCUGAAGCCCGGAGAGUUCGUCAUCAAGAGUCUGUUCGCCGAGUUCGCCGUGCUGGCGGAGAAGAAGAUCGAUAUGGUGAUGGCCGAGCCGCUGGAGAAGCCUCUGUCCCGCUCGCUGCAGAGAGGGGAAGACGCUCAGUUUGAUCAGUUAAUCAGCUCUAUGAGCUCCAUAGCAGAGCACUGCCUGCCCUCUCUGCUCAGGACUCUGUUCGACUGGUACAGGAGGCAGAGCGGCACGGAGGACGAGUCCUACGAGUACAGACCCAGGUCCAGCACCAAGUCCAAGGGAGACGAGCUGCAUCGGGACAAAGACUUCCUGCUGGAGCGGAGGGAUUUAGCCAUAGAUUUCAUUUUUUGUUUAGUGUCUGUAGAAGUUCUGAAGCAGAUUCCUCUUCACCCAGUGCCAGAUGUUCUCGUACAUGAAGUCCUCCACCUGGCGUUCAAGCACUUUAAACACAAAGAGGGGUACUGCGGCCCCAACACUGGGAAUGUUCACAUCAUCGCAGACCUUUACGCCGAGGUCAUCGGAAUCCUCACUCAGUCAAAGUUCCAGGCGGUGAGGAAGAAGUUCAUCACGGAGCUGAAGGAGCUGCGUCAGAAGGAGCAGAGUCCGUACGUGGUGCAGAGCAUCAUCAGCCUCAUCAUGGGCAUGAAGUUCUUCAGGGUCAAGAUGUACCCGGUGGAGGAGUUCGAGGCCUCCUUCCAGUUCAUGCAGGAGUGUGCUCAGUACUUCCUGGAGGUGAAGGAUAAGGACAUAAAGCACGCUCUCGCUGGACUCUUUGUGGAGAUCCUCAUCCCGGUGGCAGCGGCGGUGAAGAACGAGGUGAACGUGCCGUGCCUAAAGAACUUCGUGGAGAUGUUGUACCAGACGACCUUCGACCUGAGCUCCAGAAAGAAGCACUCGCUGGCUCUCUACCCACUGGUGACCUGCCUCCUGUGUGUCAGUCAGAAACAGUUCUUCCUCAACAACUGGCACAUCUUCCUGCAGAACUGCCUGUCGCACCUCAAGUUUUUCUUUAACGUGCAUGUGUCCCCCCUCCACCUCCACUCUGUCUCCUCUCACGGCGCCUCGCUGCAGAUGCCGUCUAACAACAGCAUCCGAAAGCAGAUCGAGACGCUGCAGGUGAGUGCCGCGCUGCACCUGAACGCAGCGCUGGGUCCCUGGUGCAUCAUGGGUAGUGAGUGUGUGUGUGUGUGUGCGCAUAGGAAGCUGAGAGGUCGCUGGGCGGUUCAUGAUAAACAGAUUAUAGCUGGUUGUGCUUUCUUCCCGUCAACUCCUGUCCUGGUUUGA